GGCUCUCCUAACAACCCAAGCCAUUCGCAUGCUGCAAGUCGUUGUAGUCUGUACGAUUAUUUUGACACUUUUCUUUACUGCGAGCCAUUUCAAGUCGGACUUGUGGAGGAAACAUCUUCCCUCCAUCCCAGAUCAAGUCCCACAGAGUUUUCGACCGCCGCCAAGCUUAUCGUUCAAAAAUCAGCCGCCAAAGCCGAAGCCCGCGAAUUCGACACUCGAUUUCCAGGAGAUAUUUUAUAUCAGCAUGCCGUAUCGGACGGAUCGACAAGAUGCAUUGUCGCUGUUGGCAGCCGUAUCUGGCAUAAAACUUACUAUGAUUCCCGGAAUCGACCCCAAAACCAUCCACCACAAAGCCGAGCCACACAUGAUUGGUGGAAACAAUAUGACGGCGACCCCGGCAUUGGGCUGCUGGCGAGCGCAUGCAAAUGCAUGGAAACAUAUCAUCGACAACAACAUCGAAACCGCACUAAUCGUCGAGGAUGAUAUCGAUUGGGACGUAAACAUCAAGGACAUCAUGGGGUUGUGGGGUUGGCAGCUGCGUUAUAAUAAUACCAUCCGGUGGGGUCGGGAGAAUGUAGAGAAGGGGUGGAAGGAAGAUUGUCCCUACGGUUGUGACUGGGACGAACUCUGGAUGGGCCAGUGCGGCAACGCCGUCAACAAAGAGCGACUGGAUCUGCAUUGGAGAUACUCUGAUCCCAAUGGCCCUGACAUUGGCUCCGCUGACGAGGGCUUCCAAAAAGAAUUCAAGGACAUAUGGAAAAUUUCUGGCGGCGACGGCAUGCGUGUAACUUCCGCAACGUACGGUCCGCUCUGCACUAUGGGAUAUGCUGUGUCUCGUAUGGGUGCAAUGAGAAUGCUGUAUCAUAUCGGCGGCUGGCAUGGGAUGGGACUACCAGUCGACAAUGAAAUUGCGUUCAAAACCGAGGAUGGAUAUAUUAGCGGGUACACAAUGACGCCGCCUGCUUUCACUGCAUGGAGAGUUGGGGGCUCGAGAGAUACCGACAAUGCUCUGAGUAAUAACAACGCGCCAACCACGGAUGAGGGGAAUGAGAAGGGGUGGAGUAAGGGACUAAAGAGUAGUGUUAGGAAACAUCUUGCACAAGUUUUGGAUAAGAAUUAUUGGAAAGAUAUGGAGAAUGAGAGAAGAUAGACUUAAUAGUUUUGAGAGCUCUGGACUGAGCGAGCGUGUUGUUUUAGAUACCCUUGUCCCGAAUGGAUCUCUGUAUUAGUUCCUAGCAGUCUCGCCUGACCUCAACUCAGCCUUUGAGUUGUGCGAGAAGUGCCAAGGCAUCUUGUUUGUAUCGAC